CCAGAAACCACUCCUUUCGACGGCGGUGGUUCCCGGGGUUCUCGCCCGAAGUUCGAGGGACUCAGUACCAUUUGGCUGAAAGCAAGAGUUUGGAUGCCUAAGGAAGAUCAUUUGCAGACUGCUUUUGGAACACAAGAAAAUGGAUCCCAGCAGUGACUACCAUUUCCUCAAUCAGAUUUUGUGGAGGAGAGUGAAACUCACGUUGGUGUCUGGAGUCUUCCAGGGUGUGCUCCAGCACGUGGAUCCCAACAAGAUGGUUGUCCUGAAGAAAGAGGAAGAGGAAGUGACAUACACAGUCAUUGAUCAGUUCCAACAGAAGUUUGGUGCUGCGAUGCUUCACAUCAAGAAGCAGAGUGUCCUGAGCGUGGCUGCAGAGGGAGCCAAUGUGUGUCGCCAUGGGAAGCUGUGCUGGCUUCAGGUAGCCACAAAUAGCCGAGUAUACUUAUUUGACAUUUUCCUUUUGGGAAGUCGUGCUUUCAACAAUGGACUUCAGAUGAUACUAGAAGACAAAAGAAUUUUAAAGGUAAUCCAUGACUGUCGUUGGCUUUCUGAUUGCCUCUCUCAUCAGUAUGGAAUCAUGCUGAAUAAUGUCUUCGAUACACAGGUAGCAGAUGUCCUUCAGUUUUCCAUGGAAACGGGUGGCUUUCUUCCCAACUGCAUCAGCACUUUGCAGGAGAGUUUAGUCAGACACCUUAAAGUUGCCCCUAAACACCUCUCUUUUCUCGAAGAAAGACACAAGCUCCUGGAAAAUCCGGAAGUGUGGUUCACAAGACCUCUUCCACAUGCUUUAUUGAAAAUUUUGGCCCUGGAAGCGACCUACCUUCUCCCCCUCCGCUUGGUACUUCUGGAUGAGAUGAUGUCAGACCUAACCACCCUGGUGGAUAGGUACCUGAACACCUAUCGGGAAGGGUCUGCAGACCAGCUUGUAGGCACAGAGCCCACAUGUAUGGAGCUUCCAGAGGAACUACUACUACUAAAGGACUUCCAGAAGCAACGCAGAGAGAGAGCAGAAAAAGAAUACAGAGUAAAUGCACAGGGACUCCUAAUAAGGACAGUGCUUCAUCCAAAGCAGUCAGUAAUAGAGAAAGCAGGAAAGGAGGAACAAAUCCAAGGCGUCUUAGUUUGUAAAAAUUCUAAGGUAGAGAAAGUUCCAAGUUUUAUAUCUCGUGAUUUUCAAAAGCAUGUGAAGUCGCUGAAAGAAUCUAAGCAAGCAACAACAAAAGUUCCGUUCCAGCUUCCCACAAAAGAAGGAGAAGCCAGCAAGGAUGCCAGUAAUACACUCGCUGGCCCCGAGGAGCAGAGGGACACGCAGGAAGAUGGCCUGGUGAUCCCCAAGAAUGCAUUUCAGACGAGUUCUUCUUUGAAAGAAGAGAUUGAACAGCUUCUGAUGGUGAAAAGUAAGGAGGAUCUCACAUGCACAAAGCAAGAUGUUUCAGUGUCUCCUCUUCCUCAGGAAACCAAAGUGGCACAGAGUGGCGCUGGUCCUCCUUUCCAAAGAGCUGCGACUUGCCCGCUUCCUCCCUGCCCAGCCUUGGAGAAGACAGAAUCCUGGAUGAAUCCAUCUCUAAAUCUGCCUUAGAUGGGCAUAAGAGCGCGAGGCUUUGAGUUCAAACCCCAGUAAUGUGUACACAAACACACACACACACACACACACACACACACACACACACAUGGGACUUAGGACUUGGAGUUUGUUUUGAAGCAGGCACCAUACAGGUACCUGGCUCACUUUCCCUACUAUCUUUGGCCUUCUUCAAUGCCUGAGUUUUCUCAUGCUGUAUGUUUGUUAUAUCUUCAUAAGCUUCCAGGAAAAAUGACAUCCUCUUGCUUACUCACACAUUCCUGAUAUUUGGUCUAGAGUGGGAAUGGAUAAGUUAAAUAAUGAAAGCGGUAAAAUGUCUGAUUAUGUCACUGUGCAGAAAUGUUCACAAUGGCCAGAGUAAAUUACUUCUCAUAAUUCAGGUUUAAAUGACUUGAGAAAGGGAAAAAUAUCUUAGGCUUAAUAUCAAGAAAAAAAUCUAGUUUUUUAAUUU